AUGGACGAUCAUGCAGGCGCAUCGAUAGUCAACCGUGACGACCCCAUCCCCGUCAUCCAGAUCCCGUUCAACACCGAUGAUACGGCGCCGCCCGAAACGGAACAGCAAAAGCUAGGAAGGAGAGAGAGAAUCAAGCAGGAGGCAGAGAGGUUAAAGGGCAAGUUUCAAGAUGUUUCGACUCAGUACAAGACGACACAAGGGAGCGUGCAGGAGAGACUGUUCAAUACACUGCUGGAGCAAGUCUUUCCACAAGACGCCGAAGACGAUGGCACUCCCAAGAAGGACCGCCGCUCAAGGCAAUACGUUGAUAAACCACAGUUCAGUCUGCCUGUCAUGUCGGCGAACUUCCGACGCUUCAAUGCAAGGUCCAACCAAAUGAUACGCCUCUUCACCUGGCGAGUACCGACACAUACCAUGUCUUUUCUGGCCGUCUAUACCCUCGUGUGUCUGCAGCCCGCACUAGCUCCUGUCGUCCCAUUGGCAGCCCUUUUAUUCUUCGUCAUGAUACCCUCCUUCCUCACACGUCAUCCUCCACCUCCUGUCGCAAACCCUUCAUCUUCGGUGGACGCAGCAGCCGCCGAGCAAUAUGCAGCAUACGGCUACUCAGGCCCAGCAGUAGCUCCUCCCCAGCGCGUCAAGCCUGCUCCAGAAAUGAGCAAGGAUUUCUUUCGCAACAUGCGCGACCUACAAAACUGCAUGGAAGAUUUUAGCUGUGUCCACGACGGCGCAGUCGCAAUCAUUACUCCCUACACUGAUUUUAGCAAUGAGCGCUUGUCCUCGGCUGUAUUCCUUUGCUUGACUGCUCUCGUGAGCAUAGCCUUCCUAGCUGCACAUCUGGUACCCUGGCGCGCAAUCUUGCUGGUGGCAGGCUGGUCAGCCACAGCAGCAGGCCACCCCUACACCCAAGAACUCAUCAGCAAUGAAGGUUUCCUGGCCAAUUUGCAAGUCAUCUACGACCGCAUCUGCGUGUUCGGCGCCGAAUGGGUCGAAUCCGACAUCGUCCUCGACGAACCCGCUCAAGUCCGCGAAGUCGAGAUUUUCGAGUUGCAAAGACUGCAAAAACACACUUUGGGCGAUGAAGGAGCUGUGCUGCAAGGAGAAUGGGAGCCUUGGUUGUUUACUCCUCAACCCUAUGCUCCUACUUCUCCGUCCAGGAUUGCUGGUGCAAGACCAGUAGGCACACAGUUUNUUGAGGAUGUACAGCCGCCUGAUGGAUGGCUGUGGCGGGACAAAAAGUGGACAUUGGAUUUGGGGAGUAGGGAGUGGGUUGAAGAGCGCUGUGUUUCUGCUGUGGAGAUCGAGACCGAAGGCGAAAGAUGGGUGUAUGAUCUUGACACUGCUGACUCGAAGGCUAAAUCUACCACUACUCUUUCCCCACCAAAAAGUUGGGAGGAAGGACCGGGUGUAUCGGUCAAGGGCGAGUGGAGACGCAGACGUUGGGUCAGACUUGUCGAGCGCAAGAUUGUCAAG